GUGAAACACCCCGUACCUUAUUUUAGAAGUAAGCAAACACAAACACACCCAAACACUUUGGCAAGAUUUGAUUUUGAGAUCCUCAACCUCUCCACCACUCACCGGAAAAAAUGCCGUCCGGUGACGACGACGACGGCGCCACCCUCAGAACAGAACUAGAAGCUUCUUUACUCAAGAUCCAUUCUUUGGAGAAAGAAAACCAAGAAUUAAAACAAGAAACGAGUCGACUCAAGGCACAAAUCAACACACUCAAAGCACAUGAUCUCGAAAGGAAAUCGAUACUAUGGAAAAAACUACACCAUUCAAUGGAUUGCGGGAAAGUUAUAGACGAUCCACCACAAAAACAGAAGCUUCAAGUGGACGUACCGAUAAAGAAAUCCACUUCAGAUCAAACCAAUGUGAUUAAUCCACCACCUUCGCCGCCACAGCUGCUACAACGACGGGUAACGGCACCACCACCGCCACCACCACCCAUUCUACCGACGCCAGUUGGAUCAAAGGCGGUUCGACGUGUCCCUGCAGUUAUGGAGUUCUAUCGAUCGCUUAUGAAACGAGACACCCAGCUCAAGGAGACUAAAAACGGUGCAUCUGGGCUCGCCCCGGCUGCUUAUUCUCGUGACAUGAUCGGAGAAAUCGAGAACCGUUCAACUUAUCUUACCUCUAUAAAAUCAGAUGUGGAGAAAUACGGUCCGCUACUGAAUUAUUUGAUACGAGAAGUCCAGAGUGCAGCAUUUAGGGAGAUAUCCGAAGUUGAGGCAUUUGUGAAGUGGGUAGAUGGCGAGUUAUCGUGUCUAGUAGACGAGCGGGCGGUACUCAAACACUUUCCACAAUGGCCCGAACGAAAAGCGGAUGCAUUGCGUGAGGCUGCUUUUAGCUACCGAGAUUUGAAGAAUCUUGAAUCGGAAGUUUUAGGGUUUGAAAACGGAUUGAAACAACCCGUGAUUCAAUCAUUAAGGAAGAUGCAAGCACUUCAAGACAGAUUAGAGUCAAGCAUUAGUGGAGUGGAAAGAAGUAGAGAGGGUACAAGUAAGAGAUACAAAGAGCUACAGAUUCCAUGGCAGUGGCUGAUGGAUACGGGAGUCGUUGGAAAGAUAAAACUAAGUUCUCUGAAUCUGGCACGAGAGUGUAUGCGGAGGAUCGCUAAAGAAUUGGAGUGCAAUGAAGCUUCACGAGACGGGGAUUUGUUGAUCCAAGGCGUUCGAUUUGCUUUUCGGGUUCACCAGUUUGCAGGAGGGUUUGACACAGAGACGAUGCAUGCAUUUGAAGAACUAAAGGAGAUUGGAAGCCGUUGCGGUUAAUUAAGAUGGAACCAAUAAAUAAAAAAUUGAUUAAUUGAUGUUAUAAUUUAACUGUGUCUAUGCAUGUGCAAAACCACCUGACAUCAUAUAUAUAUCAUCAACGUCGCUUUUUUGUGAUUUAUCAUCAUUUAUAUAUGAAAUGAUUAUAUACAUUAAAA